GGCCUGAACUAUGCUUUGUGUGCACCUUUAGCGGUGCUAGAUCCGCCGACAGGCCAUACAUCGACCUAUCUUUGUCCACGAUGAGCGUUGAUCGGCAUCUGCUGCAAAGUCAACAGCAGGCACCACACGCUUCCGCAUCAGACAAGCUUGCCGCACAAGAAUGUGAGGCCCAAAUCCCCACAAUCGGCACAGAAGAUCCGGAGACAGAUGAAGCUCCGCUCUUCGGCACAAGCGAAAGCGAGGACGAUGUAGGGGACGAUGACGUCCUGAACAGCGGCGGGGCUCAACCACAGCGGCGUGAGCAUUUGCAGCGACUAUUGCCUUCGCCUCCCGCAUCUACAUGCCACUCACGCUCAAGCACCUCCACUGGUAUCACCUUGCCCGUUGGCAGGGGCUCUUCAAAAAGAGUCGGCACAGUGCUCAGCCAAUCUCCUGGAAGUGGCCAAGUCACGCCACUCGACGACCCCAGGAGGUCUCCAAGACUCCCCGACACGGCCAGCGUUCAUAGCGAAGUGGUGCAAAGUGAUGGCCACGAUAGCGCAGUACGCGAAGCGCGCUCGCUAGAUGUGCGCGCAUCCACUCGAGCGACCUGUGCCACCCUUCCGCGAUCCAAUGGAUCGAGCGUGACAGUAGCCUUGGGAUCUCAACCAUCUUCCAUCUCAACCCGAGCGAUCGGUGACAAUUCCACUGGUCGACCACGAUCUCGACCUCUCAGCCGGGACAUAUCAGCCCAGACCUCCCAUCCCGAUGACUUAGUCCCCCGCCGAAAACACAGGAAACGCCCCAGUCCCACUCCAGAGCCUGUGGCCUGGGAGGCCGCACGCGUAUCUGUUCCGGCUCGAGCGCUUCCUCCGGCUCGUUUCGCACCAACACGCACCGAGGCACGAGCAGACUCUGCAAAUUCGGGCAUGAAAGGUUCACAUCAUUCACCGACCACGUUUGAUGAGGAAGUGCACUUGAGAGCUCGACUCAAUACCCGAGGAGGAUUGGCAGCUGCUGGGGCUGCUGGUCUAACCCGCAGAGCAAGGAAACAACGUCGGCUGGAGUCUCUUGUGGGAGAUGCUUGCGAUGAAAGUACUCCAGUCAGCUCGACACCAAGCUCCCCUCUUCAGGCAGACUCUGACGCACGCGAAUCGCCAUCUGACCAGGACCAUGAUAGUGAAGGCGUCUCAAAUCCUCUUUCGGCGUCGGAGGAAGCUAUGCAGAGUGUUGCUGCGCCAACAAGUCACUCCAGCACAGCACAGCCAUCACCGGGCGUAUGUGAGACUGCUCUCAACGAGAUGCCAGUGGCCUCAAAGGGCGCUGCAGAGGCAUCGCGGCCGAAUCGUCAGCUUUCGAUUGUGCCAAUCGGCAACGAGGACGCUACUACUACGUCCGCUGCGCGGCGCUCCUCCCAAGCGGUAGUGCCCACGCAGCCCUGCAUCCGGCACAGAGUCACCACAACGCAGCUAUUCAACUUUCUCCAUGCCCAGCAACAUUCAGAGCCGUCCGUUGUUCACUCGCUGCUCCCAUCGAAAUGGCCUGUUGCAUCUGCAGCCUCGACCCUGUCUCCCGCCGCAAGCAGUCAAACAGACAUUCUUGAUGGAGCGGAAAGCCACCUCGACGACGCCCAGAAAGCCGAGCUGCGCCGCCAAGCAUCGGUGCGAGAAAAAUCGCUGCUAGACUCUCAUAUUCGAGCUGCACAAGCUCGACAUGAGCAGAUUUUGCACAGUUUAUUGAGAACCAAGGUGGACCAGCACGUCCUCCAGUCUGGAGCUAAGAUUGUGAAAGAGAGGAUCGCGAAGCUUCUCAGCGAUACAAAAUACAAGCCAGUCACUUCUUCGGACGGCAAUGCGGCUCAUGAGCACCAAGCGAGCGGCGAAAACGCACGCACCAGGUCUAGCAUGUCUCCAGGAGAGCCUCAAAUCCCUAAGGGCAAAGAUAGAGCUUCUCGGGCUCAGGCGAGCGUACAGAAUCCGCUGCUUUCUCCUUUGCGUGUAAUGCAGCACAGUGGUAGCACAUCGAUCGAACAAGAUGCAAGCACCACAGCCUCCAGUGGUCCUCGUAGAGUGCCACGAGACGAAGCUGGUUCGUCGAAUCCAAAUCUGACCCGCGUGGCAAGCGCACCAGACGAGCUCGACACCGUCGAAUCGUACUUCCUUUCCAAGGAGAAUAGGGGCGGCGAGGCAUCACUAGACGAAGCCGGACCACCAGAGCGCGAUGACACCUAUGCAGAGAACCUUCACGCACUCAACCUGAGACCCGAAGAUCUUUGGAUACCCCCCUCUCUGGAAGAAGCGUUGGCCAGUAUCAGUCGCAAUGUGUGGGAGGAGGACUUAAACGAUCUUGGCGCGUUCGAACCACCAACCUCCUGAGUCACACAGCAGGCAAUGAGCAAGGUCGCGUUCCACGCACAAAUUGCAUUGCAUCGCACUACUCCGAACGCUUCCGUUUCAUUGCACCCUCAUCAUGGCUUCAUAUUGGCCGCACAUUCUGUAACAUCCGUGAUUCGCCAUUCAGACUUGUCCUCACUCAAGGCGGUGAGCAGGUACAUCAAUUCUAUGCUGCAUGGUGCUCCCCUGGAUCCCUAACGAUUCCAAUCAGCUCAGAUCGAGCAGGCCACCUGCACAGAUGCCAUACACGGACACAGAUGAACGCGUAUCGAAUACUGCGCGCAAUCACUCGAUGAAAGGAACAGCUUCAAAUUGCUAACAGGCAUGUUCUGUGCUGUACGACCCGGACUCAAAGCGCGAGGUUCACAAAGAGAGCGUGGAUUUAGGGGGUGUGCACUGCGAGCGC